UUGACUGUAUAUAAUAUGAGGUGCUCAUACAUUUAUUUGAGUUGACAGUCAUAAUGGCCCUCCGAAAGAAGCUACAAUGCGGCCCGUGAAAAAAAGGACUUGGACACCCCUGACCUAUAUAGUGUUGAACGACUUUGAUCUCGCAACUAGCCACGACAGCUAACGUGUCGCAUCCUCCCAGUCCAACUCGCGACUCGCUUCGAGCAUGCUGAUGGACCCUCCGGUGUACGAGGUGGCCACACCGCCGGCCUCCUCUGUGGACGUCGAAAGGUUUGACCUUGGCCCUCCGCCGUCUUACGACGCUUCAAUUUUGCACGCUCCAAACCCGCCUCCCUAUCAAGAAACCAAUCCGUUUCCUGUCUUGAUGCCGAUAAUCUUCAGUCCGCCGCAGACGUCUCCAGUCGUCACCCUUCCGACCCCGUUGGACACGGUGGUCUCGACCUCAUCCAACCUGCUGGACUCUCCGGGCAGCGUUCAGUGUCCUCACUGCCGCCGUGACGUCACCACCAAAAUCCAACAAAUCCCCGGGAAGAAAGCCUUCACUUUAUGCUGCGUUUUGGCAUUUUCCAGAUUGGUUUGUGGCUUCUGCCUGAUUCCUUUCAUGAUCACGGACCUGUGGGAUGUUCAUCACUUCUGCCCUCACUGUGGAAAGCAGCUACACGUACACCGUAAAUCUUGACUGUGGAUUAUUUCAACACCUUGUAUGGCACUUUAUCAACUUUUUUUUUACCGCCUCAAAGCUGCAUUAAAUGUGAACAUCCAAAAAUGGAUGUAGUGUUUUUUGAAGACAUCCAUUUGGGACACA